AACCAGUUGCAUCUAUCAUUACGCAUGAAGAUGUCGCGUAUAAUUAUUGUUUUAUUAAGUUUGUUGUGUUUAACUAUAUGUCACAAACAUAAUACAGUGAAACGUAUGUUUGCUUGGAAGCAAAUAAAUUACGAUUUUGAUGGUGUUUUUUACAAACGUGAUGCGAAUUAUGAGAGAAAAGCGGAUAGGGUGGUUUUCCUUGACCAAGUGAAUGACAGUGAAAAAUUUUUCAUACAAUACAACAAUGUACCAAUUGGAUUCGAAUAUUAUGAGAACAGGGUCUUCGUGACCGUGCCUCGGAGGAGACACGGUAUACCAUCCACCCUGAAUUAUGUAACAAUGUCAGACACUUCACCAUCCUUGCGACCGUACCCUAAUAGUGCUAGCGCACAAGAACUUGUCUCAGUGUAUAGGCCGAGGGUGGAUGUGUGUGAGCGGCUGUGGAUGGUGGACACUGGACUACUGGAAGUACCUGGAGAAAGGCGUCAAGUGAAGAAACCGUCGAUUGUGAUCUAUGAUUUGAAAACCGACAAGCGCAUUUUAACAUAUGAACUGAAGGAUACCGAUCUCGUUAAUGAGAGAUCUGCCGGAGGACUAACGUCUAUUACCGUGGAUGUAACAGCCGAUAACUGUGGAGAUGCCUAUGCGUAUAUAAACGAUCUAGCAACCGAGGGUCUGGUGGUUUUCUCCCUCCGUCAGCUGGACAGCUGGAGGAUACAGGACCCGUCGUUUGCGCAUGACGAGAAAUCUUUGAAUUUCACAGUUGCUGGUCACGUUAUCAACUGGAAGGAUGGGCUGUUCAGUAUUGCGUUAUCGGAAAACAAAGAUGGCUCCCGGAUGGCGUACUACCACCCUCUGGUUUCCACACGGGAGUACGCUGUAGACACCAAGCAUUUAAAGAGCAAUACAUUCAAAGGAAAUAAUAUUCUUCUAGGUGAUAGAGGUGAAAAGACACAAAGCGGUUCCCAUGGCUACCAUUCCGGUACAAAAACAAUGUUCUACGCGAACGUGGCUCAAGACGCCAUUUUGUGCUGGCGAGUGACGAAGGAUCUAAACCCUGAGAACAUUGGUAUAGCCGCUCAGGAUCAUACGAAACUGGUGUAUAUAUCUGAUCUGAAGGUCGUUGGCGACGAAGUCUGGGUCCUAGUCAAUCAGAUACCAAACUUUGUAUUUUCUACUCUCGAUACAAAGGAAAUAAAUUAUUAUAUUCACAGAGCGAGCGUCAGUGAUUUAAUCCAAGGUACAGUAUGCGAAAAAGACUGAUUUAUUAGUGUUAUCGAAUAUCAUAGAUGUAAAUUAUUGAUUUUAUUGAAUUAAUAAACCAUUUUAAACA